GAUGCUGGGGUUGGUAAUUAUGAAGAUAGAACAAAGGGCAAGCUCUUAUUGCGCGGGUAAUACAGUCAAAUCGGAAUGCCACUCAAAGUAUAUGAGUGCAGUGAAUGUGUAUUGCUUGCUUGAAAAACCAAGCAAAAACUAUCUAAGAGCGGUGCCACGGUCGUCGUAUAUAUCUAUCUAUGGCUGGCCAAU